AUGUCUGCUUGGCUGAAGGCUAUGGUGAUCAGGGGAGCCUCGGGUGUCAUUGCUGGAAGAUAUCCUUGGAAUCCAAACGAAGUUUUUGCUUUCAAUCUAACCGCUGUGUCUCUUCUUACGGUUAUACUGGAGUUCGUAACCAAGAAAGUGUCAUUGAACUUGCCCGACGCUCUUGGAGGCCUGCUUUAUGCUGUUUUGGGCAAUAUUGCUGGAUUCAUCAUUGGUAUCGUUGCCUUGAGAAAUGGCCAAGUUGGAAUUGUUCAGUCAACUAUGCUAGGAUCAAUUCUCUCGAGUUUACUGCUCUUCAUGGGCAUAUGCUUUGUUGGAAACAUAGUCAACAUGCGCGAUGUGUUGGACGCCGAGGGCAUACAACAAAGCUUUUCUCCCAUCACAGCACGAACAACACGUUCAUUAAUGCUCUCCUCUGUGUUACAAAUUCGGGGAAAUGACGCCGCCAACCUGGAAGUCAAUCAAGCCAUCACUCUCCCCUCUCGCAGCAUUUCUAUAAUCCUUUUGCUACUCUACAUACUCACACCAAAAUCUUUAGCCGAAGAUCCAAUCAUAAGCCUCCUUCCUGCUCUCACAUUACUAGUUGUUGCUGCAUAUUGCAUCGCUAUUUGCGCCAAUCAUCUGCUGGACAGCAUUUGCCACGUAACACACAUUACCGAGAGCUUUAGCACUUUUAUUCUUAUCCCGGUCGUGAUUAACGCGACAGGGCAUGUUACUGCUGUCUCUGUCUAUAAUUUUUGUACACUAGUUGUCAUUCUUUCCUUGACGAAGAGCGGCAGGUCUAAUUAUCUGAAGGGGGUUAUGGCACUUGAUAUGUAUACUGUCAUUGGUUUGGCUUUUUACUUUUCUCCCAAGAACAUCCCGACCAAGGAGAACACUAAGGUUAGGAUUUCCUGAAAGCCUCCUAUGACCGGCAAGAUCAUUGGCACUAAAUGAGGUGACGUCUUUUAUCAAAGCAGCCCAGACCAGCCCGGACAAGACUUCAAAAUUAUGAUACGCUCUGUCUGCUUUGCGUCAAGAAAUGCGAGGAGCUAAGUCAUCGUCACUCUCGUCAAAACUCAGUUC